CCGGACGGCAGCAGCAGCCGCAUUCCACAGCAAGAUCCCAGCAAGACGAAGACAGGUGGGUGCCCUGCUGAUAACCAUGUUGUGCAGGUGCCCAGUGCACCUAGACGGACUGACGGAAAAUAAAUGCUGGAAUAUUUCUCCUUCCUAUUGAUCUGCUUUCUGCUGCCUUGAGAUUCCCCUGCAAUUUCCAGUUGUAAAUCACUGUGCAGCGACAGGCCACCCCCCUCCCUGCUCCCCAUUGGUCGCGACCGUCCGGCUAUUUGCAUGUCGCCCUUCUGAUUGGCCCGCUGGUUCCACAAGACUUUACAUAAGCCUGGCAGCGCCGCUAGAGUUGAAUAAAGCCGGCCAAGGGGAAGGAUUUGUCCAAGCUUUGGUGGAAACUUGUGAACUCUUCAGCAAGAAAACUGUGGGGAAUGAUGCUGCUGCUGCUGCCUGCUGAUUUCUUUGUCCCUAUAUCAAAGAUGAUGCUUCUUGCAUUAUUGCUUUCUAUAAUUAUCUGUUGUGGAGGAGCUCAACGUUCAGAGCCCAUGUUCACAGCUGUGACCGAGACAGUCCUUCCUCAGGAUUAUGAUAGCAAUCCGACCCAACUGAACUAUGGAGUUGCCAUCACAGAUGUGGACAAUGAUGGAGACUUUGAAGUUGUAGUGGCUGGAUACAAUGGGCCGAAUCUAGUGCUGAAAUAUAUCAAGGAGAAAGGUCACCUAGUCAAUAUCGCUGUUGAUGAACGGAGCUCGCCAUAUUAUGCUUUACGAGAUCGGCAAGGCAAUGCCAUUGGGGUCGCUGCCUGUGAUAUUGAUGGAGAUGGAAGGGAAGAAAUCUAUUUUCUAAACACAAACAAUGCCUUUUCAGGUAUAGCAACAUACAACGACAAGCUAUUUACAUUUCGAAAUGGGCGCUGGGAGGACCUUUUCAGUGAUGAGGUAAACCUCAGGAGAGGAGUAGCCAAUCGGUUUUCUGGACGUUCAGUGGCUUGCAUAGAUAGAAAGGGCUCUGGAAGGUACUCUUUCUACGUUGCAAACUAUGCAAAUGGUAAUGUGGGACCACAUGCCGUAAUCGAGCUGGAUGAAACUGCAAGCAAUUUGUCUAGAGGGAUCAUUGUCUUGUCCAAUGUAGCAGCAGAACUUGGUUUAAACAAGUACACAGGAGGGCGUGGUAUCGCUGUUGGACCAAUUGUCAGCUCUGCUGCCUCGGAUAUCUUCUGUGACAAUGAGAAUGGGCCAAAUUUUCUCUUUCAAAACAAAGGAGAUGGAACCUUUGUGGAUAUAGCAUCUAGCUCAGGGGUGGAUGAUGUUUAUCAACAUGGACGAGGCGUAGCCCUUGCUGAUUUUAAUAGAGAUGGAAAAGUAGAUAUUGUGUACGGAAACUGGAAUGGACCCCAUCGUCUCUUCUUACAGAUGCAUACUAACGGAAAGGUUCGCUUUCGGGAUAUUGCAACGCAGAAGUUCUCCAUGCCAUCGCCUAUACGCACGGUCAUUGCUGCUGACUUUGAUAAUGAUCAAGAACUGGAAGUCUUUUUCAAUAACAUUGCUUAUCGGGGGCCAUCUGCAAACCGUAUGUUCAGGGUUGGAAGAAGAGAACAUGCAGAUCCAUUUAUGGAAGAACUCAAUCCAGGAGAUGCUUCAGAACCAGAUGGUCGUGGAACUGGGGGAGCAGUGACGGAUUUUGAUGGAGAUGGAAUGUUGGAUCUAAUUUUGUCACACGGUGAAUCCAUGGCCCAGCCUUUAUCUGUGUUCAAAGGAAAGCAGGGCCUGAAAAAUAAUUGGCUCAGAUUAAUACCUCGCACGAAGUUCGGUGCCUUUGCACGUGGAGCAAAAGUUGUCCUUUACACAAAGAAAAGUGGAGCACACCUCAGAAUUAUUGAUGGUGGAUCUGGCUACCUUUGUGAGAUGGAACCUGUAGCUCACUUUGGUCUAGGAAAGGAUGAAGCUAGCAGCCUAGAGGUAACCUGGCCUGAUGGCAAGGUUUUUACCAGAAGCGUUGCCGAAGGGGAAAUUAACUCUGUACUGGAAAUUCCCUACCCGCACGAAGAUGACAUUGUAACUAAACCAACGGAUAUUGAGGUGUGCGGCCAGGGUUUCUCGGUGAAUGAAAACGGACGUUGUACAGAUACAGAUGAAUGCAUACAGUUUCCCUUCGUGUGUCCCAGGGAGAAGCCAGUCUGUAUCAACACAUAUGGAGGAUACAAAUGCCGACCAAAUAGAAGAUGCAGUAGAGGGUUUGAGCCAAAUGAAGAUGGAACUGCCUGUGUCGCUCAAGUGGCUUAUUUUGGAUCCUCAUCUGCCUCCAGAUUCCUGGCUCUCUCCUUGCACAGUACAGCCUCCCUUUUAGGCCUUGGAUUCUAUUUCCAGAUAUACGCCCUCUAAUCCAACCUGUCAUUUAAAAAAAAAGGCUUUUUCUGCUUGUUUUCCUCAACUUCUACAGUAAAUGAAGAACUCUUUGCCAUCCUGUCCCAAUGUUGACCUGGAUAUCAGGUGGCCAGUGACAUAACAUCAAAAGAGGAUUUUGUUUGAAGCUUAGAGUGAAUAGUGAUAUUUUCGUAAAAACAAGUUGUUUGUUAAUAUGUCAUGCAUGUUUUCUGAGAAAACUGAAGAAAAAAUCCCUUUGCGCUCAAGCUAAAGACACUCAAAUAUUUGAAUUCAUUUUUCUAUUUUAUUGACCCAAUUUUUUAUAUUUUGCCCCAAUGUCUUGGUUAACUCUCUUGCUGCAAGAGGAGCCAAUGAAACAAUGCAUGGCAGGUCCACUGGUAGGGAAAGGUUUAUUCUGAUUGGAUGGUUGGUAGGUUGCUUAUCUCCUUUCUAACUUUCUACACGUGCCUGCUGGUUUGGCCUGCCUGGGCUGUGCUUUACCUGCUCUCAAUCUAUGUCAAGAAAGAAGCCUUAUUUGUUUCCUUACUUUUUCUUUUCUUUCUUUUUUUACAGUAUUGAAAAUAAUGUUUAAAGGUCAAAAUGUUUUGCAGUCUUCCAACCAUCAGUCUAAAAAAAUGUUAGAAAUAAAAGAUAUAUACUUAUGGA